AUUGGUCCUGAGAGACUGGAAAACUGUUUCCUGCUCUUCACGGGGGGAGAUAAUUUGGUGACAUCAUUGGAGGAUUAUAUUUUCCAAAGUGACUCAAGUUUACUUCCAGAUGUGGUCAAAACAUUUUCAAAGAGAAUUCACCUGUUCAACAAUAAAGAUGGAGGACAUGAACAAGUCAGGCAGCUGCUGCUGAAGUCGGGGCACCUCGUAGAACAAACAGACCUGGAGAUACUACUAAAGGAUCUGGGGUUGGAGCAGUACUACAGAGAGAAGCUGUCACUCAACAAGAUCCUGGAGAUUGAUGAGAAGACCAUCAAUGAUGAACCUGUAAAGUGUAAAUCAGACAUUCCCUGGUAUUUUCUAAAGAAACUGAUGAUGGUUAAUGUGACAGCUAGGGAUGCAAAAUAUACAUUAGUGUGUGACUCAAACUGUGAUGAUGCAUCAGAGAGUAAAAAGUUAGAUCUUAAAAAUCUGGUUAAGGGUCCAAAUUCAGAUCAUAUUCCAAACCCUCUUGACAUAAUCACUGCUCUCUUUCUGUGUUCUGAUGGUUUUGUACAACAAGAAAUGACACUAAAAAUGUCAAUGUGUCAGUUCUCUGUACCUCUGCUGCUUCCCAACUGUGACACGACACAGUGUACACUCAUGCUGUGGGCCAUGAGAGACAUUGUGAAAAAGUACAGACCUCAACAUCUUUUAGAAUCCAAAGGCUUCAUUGAAGAAAGAAUUGUUCAUUCUCAACUUCCAAUGGUCUCUUUUGUGAGACUGGGUGAAUGCUCCUUGUCCAAGUCAGAGAUCCUCAACAAGCUUCUGAGCAGUUCUCAGCAGUACCAUGACACCUUUGUUCACCACAACAUGGAGUGUGGAGACAGUCCAAGAAAAAUAUCCAGUGGACUGACUGAAAUUACCUGGUACCUUCCUUGUGGAAACCAGAACAUGGACAUUUUUGUUGAGCCAGUUGCUAUAGCUAACCUUCAUGGUGACAUUGCUUCAUUUGAAACACAAUUCUCCUUUCUAUGUCAGACCUCUGCAGCAGUGUUUCUAUUCUUUAAUGAUUUGAACUCUGGAAGCAAACUACUGACCCACCAAAACUACAAAGCACAGAUUUUCUUGGUUGGAAACUAUCAGAGCAAGAACUUCAGUUUAGAAGAUUUGGAGAGAAUAGCCACUAAAUUGUGCUUAACAAACAACAACAUUAUUUUGAAGACAAACAACAUGAAUGACACCAACUUUGUCAAAUGUUUGAGAAAAUUAGUCAGUGAUGCAGCUGAAAAUCUACAAAUAAAGAUGUCAGUAGAGCAGAUGGCUGAUGUGGCUCAUGAACUGGGAAUAUUGGUUGAUGAAGAUUCUACAGAGUGCCAGGCUGGAAAGCAAAAAGCAGAUGCCAUCACUGAAGUCAUUCAAGACAUCCUUAAAUACAAAGAAGAUCAGCUUCCCUUGCAAGGAGAAAUAUGGAAGGAGCUGACUUUCUUAGAGAAGGAAGAAUUUCGACUUAGAAAGAUUCGGUCUGAAAACAUAGAGCAGUACAAGAGUGAUCUUCAGGAGCAGAAAGAAGAACUGAGGAAAAAGCAGAACUCUUAUGACAUGUCAGCAGCUAUGACUUCCUUCACUGAUGCCAUAUCCAGCUCAAGAACAGAGAGGUGUUAUUUCCUGAAAUGGAUGCGAAUGAACCUCGAUAACAUGUCUUGUAGAAAACUGUCUGGACUCAGGGAGCUGUACAAAGAAAAGUGUAAAGGUUCUGAAAACAAAGAAGAGAUCAAAGAAAUUGACAGACAACUUUCCAACAGCUCACUGGGAACUGAACACUUCUUCCGUGAAAUGGGUCAGAUCUACGAAGCUUCGGUUUCCCUUCCAAAAACAAACCCUUACCGUAAACAUCUGCAGCAUCUGCCCAAACUCAGUGCACAGCUGUUACUUGAUGGAUUUCCUCUUGAGCUUGUAGAUGGAGAUGCUUCCAACAUACCUCUCAGAUGGGUGAGUGAUGUUCUCUCUCAGCUCAAUGACUUGGUGUCUCCAAAGAACAAGAUCAUGGUCGUCACAGUGCUUGGAGUUCAGAGCACAGGAAAGUCCACUCUCCUUAACACCAUGUUUGGAGUUCAGUUUGCAGUCAGCAGUGGUCGAUGCACUCGAGGUGCCUUCAUGCUGCUCAUCAAAGUCAAUGAAGACGUCAAAAAAGCUCUCAACUGUGACUUCAUGGUGAUCAUCGACACUGAGGGUUUAAAGUCACCAGAGCUGGCACAGCUGGACAACAGCCAUGAACAUGACAAUGAGCUUGCAACACUUGUCGUGGGGCUGAGUGAUAUCACUAUUAUCAAUAUUGCAAUGGAGAAUUCAACAGAAAUGAAGGACAUCCUGCAGAUAGUGGUGCAUGCUUUCCUCAGGAUGAAGGAGGUGGGCAAAAAGCCCAAAUGUCAGUUUGUUCACCAGAACGUUUCUGAUGUUUCAGCCCAUGAGAAGAACCUGAGAGACAGGAAACUGCUCUUGCAACAGCUGAAUGAGAUGACCCAGGCAGCAGCUAAAAUGGAAACGAAAGAGAAGAACAAGAGCUUCACUGAUGUGAUGGAGUACAAUCCAGACACUGGGAACUGCUACGUUCCUGGACUCUGGAAUGGAAACCCACCAAUGGCACCAGUCAAUGCAGGAUACAGUGAGGCUGUUUAUGAGCUCAAGAAAAACAUCCUCCAUCUACUGGGAGAGAGUGAAGCAUCUGCUAAUAAGAUCUUGGAGUUUAGAGAGUGGAUGACCAGUCUGUGGAAUGCAGUAAAACAUGAAAACUUCAUCUUCAGCUUCAGAAACAGCCUCGUAGCUGAUGCAUACAUGAGACUCUGCACAGAGUUCAACAAAUGGGAGUGGGAGUUCAAGAAAGAAAUGUACAGCUGGGUUACCAAAGCAGAGACGACAAUCUCUAAUUUUGGUACCGUUGCUGCAAAAUCUGCAACAUCUGACAUGACAGAACUUCUCACUCAGCUGAAAAGUGAAGCUGUAUCAGUGCUGUCUGAAUGGGAGACCAAGCUCCUGGACAAUCUGAAGGAAUACUUCAAGCAAACAGAUGUUUAUGUGGUUGAAAGAUACAGAGAGGAUUUUGCAAACAGUGCAAAGAGCCUUCGACGAGAAUUAGAAAACUCUGUAAUUAACCAGCUCACAGCAGCAGCUGAUAUCAGACGGGGAAUGAAAGAACUGGAUGAAAUCAAGAAGAAUCACACAACAGUAAUAGAGAAAGCAGUGUGUGAGUCAAUUAAUAAAUGUCGAAAGAAAAAAGUUGAGAUGACAGAGACAGAGCUGGACAAAGAAUUUGAUAAGAUGUGGGGUGAAACAUUGAAUAACCUGACUUUCUCUGGACAAAAGCCUAAAGAUGUCUUCGACAGUGUGUCUUACUGUCUGAUAGCUAAUCUGUCAAGAAAGGGGAGCCACGCUCAUAAAAUGUUGAGUGAAAAAAACAUCAAAGAUUGUGGGUUGGAACCUUUCAAAUGCAAAGAUGAUAGAACCUGGAAAAAAAUUAAAAAUGUAUUCACCACAUGGACCCUUAAAGAAUUUGAAAAGAUGAGACAACAAAUAGCUGACAGCAUCAUAGAUUCUUGCACUCAGUUUGUAGCUGAAAAACUGAAAAGAAAAUGUGAUUAUCAUGACACUUACAUUCAGGAGAUCCUUCACAUUAUUGAUGAAAGUCUGGAAAAAUGCACAGAUAUGAACAUAAAUAUUGAGUUUGAGGUUUCUCUAAAACAGCACAUCUGUGGAUUUGUAGCGAGACGCUUUCAGAAAAUGCAUUUAGAGUUUCUACGUGUAAACGAUCCUUGUAGAUGUCUGGAUGAAAACAAAGAAAAGUUCCGAGAUGAUUUCAAAGAUAUGUUCCAUGAACGAGACCAGUGUCAGAAGAAGGCUGACGAAUUCACAGAACAAUGUCUGAAGCCUGCUGUUGAGGACUUUGUCAACCGUUCCCUUGGUCCUGAUAUCGUUGAUGAAAUGCUGACGAAGGAGCAGUUCAGCACACGAAUGUCCUUCCAGUAUUCACUUUUACUGGAUCUGCUUUCAGAUAAGUUUGAUGAUCUCUGCAGAUAUUGUUCUUCUUAUGAGAGUUAUGUAAAAGAAAAAAUUCUUCAACAAGUGAAGAAACAUUUUUCAAACAGCUCUGCAACGUUUGAGUUUGAGGACAAACAUCUGCAGUCAAGGAUCAACAGCAUAAAUGACGCCAUCAAACACACCAAAGAAAAGAAGUGUGGUGACUUGAAGACAUUUGUUGAAGAAAUCUGCAAAGAACUUGGUGAUAAACUGGUCAUUUCCCAGGAUGCUCUUGGUGCUUUCAUGAUCCUGAACAAUGCUGACCAGGAUCAGUUUGCUCAUUGGCUCACAGUGUCUGUGGAGGACAUGGCAGAAACUCUCAGGAAGAAGUUUAAAAAUACAACCUUUGAAACAAAACUCAAACGUCUCCAUGUGAAUCCUCAGAAUGAGCUUUUCAACAGAGUGGUUGGUUGUGGAAAGCAGUGUCCAAUCUGUAAAAUUCCCUGUGAAGCAAGAGGAGGAGCCCACACUGAACACUUUGCUUCACUACAUCGACCAGAGGGUCUGGGUAGAUGCAAGUGGGACAGAUCAGGAAAACUCAUCACUGACAUUUGCACAUCCUUAGUGAUCAGUGACAAGGGAUUUCGCUGCAGUGCCACAAACGGUGAAUGGCAUCCUUACAAGAAUUACAAAGACAUUUAUCCAGACUGGAACAUUCCUCCAGAUUCCAGCCUUAAAGCAUCAGACUACUGGAAAUAUGUGAUGGUAAAAUACAACAAAGAUUUUGCCAAAGCAAAUGAUGCAGAACCCGCCGACAUUCCUGAUUGUUGGAGAAAAAUCACAGAGGAAAAGGCAAAAGCGAGUCUUCAGAUGUCAUUUGGGAUUAAAUGAGAUGGUUAUUCUCCUAGUGUCCUACAGAGGGACACAUUGAGAGUCCUUAUUGAGAGUGCUUAGAUGAAUAUAUUUUAUUUCUUCACAUUAAAGUUUAAAACUGCAUUAAAAUUCUUACCUUACCUUUACCACUGAAAAAUAGGAUGCAUUCCACAAAAGCUUUUGCUUUUUUACUGCAUAAAUCUAACAUUGAACUUUCUAUCGAGUUCACUCAGUUAACUUGUACCACUAUAGUAACUGGAUAGUACGGGAAGUUGAAUCGAGUAUUAAGUGAUUGUUGAUUCAGAUCUGAAAUGAUUUUCUUCUUUAGUGACAUAUAUGAUGACUAAUAUUUAUAUCUAUAAUCUGUUAAAAUAUUAUCAUUUUCUGUGCAGAAUUUACAUAACAGAAAGGUGUUACUGUCAUCAGUGCAAAUAAUAAUUGUUUUACUUACUUUACUUAUUUUAGAAGUUUGCAUGUUCUCUCUGUGUAUGCAUGGGUUCCAUCCAAAGACAUGCAUGUUAAGUGGUUACUCUAAAUUCUGCCUAUGAGUGAAUGUCAGCAUUAGUGGUUUUGUCUUUCUGUGUUGGCCCUGCAAUGGACUGGCAAACUGUCCAGGCUCUACCCUGCCCCUCACCUGUUAAUUGCAGGGAUAGACUCCAGCUUCCCUGUUACCCUGAAUUGGACUAAGCAGUAUAGAAAAUGAAUGAAUAGAUGUUUUACUUCCUUCAACGAAAUAUCUAUAUUGAUAAAUACUGGCACACCUUAAGAAAACUGAAGCAUAACUCAAAGAAUUGGUAUUGUAUGACUAUUGCAUUAUGUACUUCUAUGCAUGUACUGAUGUACUUUAAUGAUUUAAUAAAGCAGCUUCCCUGGUACAUACUUUCCUUGUCUGUUGGUUCCUCUAUCCUUUUGGCUAAAUGCACAAAGUAAUGGUUGGAUUAAUUAGUAAUUUCUUUAGAUUAAUGUAAAGUUGUUUCAUUGUUAUUAUCUUUUUACAAACUAACUGGGAUAGUUUGUUUUUACAUUUCUCAUUCUCCAUGUAUCCUGGAUGUAUGCUGCUACAACAGUCAUGUUAAUAGGCAUUUUCAUUCAGUCUAAUGAUACUUGUUAGGUUAUUUAUUAUAUUGUUUCUUUCUUUUUGCUACAUUUUAAGAAUCAAUGAAUCAAAAGAAUACAACACACAUUAAGAGAGAAAGAAAUAGCUUCUCACACACCUUUAGCUACCCCUUUCAUCGAGGCAGGGGGAGAGUAAAAUGAUGGAGGCAAAAGUAAAUGACUGACAGUUACUAGAUUUGUGGUGAAAGGUUUGCACCCUUUUCCUACAGUGGACGUACGUCAAUUUCAGAUAAUUUGCUGCAUAUUGUCUAAUAUGGCUCUGCUGAAAACUGGAUUUGUCAAAAUAUUUAUUUAACCAUUACAGAUCUGUAGGGAGAUGACAAAGACUCAACUCAAAUAACCAAAUAACCUGAAAAAGGACACUUUUGUUUAUAUUUAUUGUUACUUGCCAGACAUUGUAUAAAUCUGUAUGUAGGAUAAUUUUUCGAUUAAUUAAUUUUGAACUUGAACCUGUUUUUGUAUUUUCGUUUUUAGGAAAUUGUUUGUUUUGUUUAUUGUAAUAAAUAU